GCUGUUUGUCCAGCCGUCGCUCCAACAAUGCAGCUUUUAAUGGUGCUGUGAGCGGUGCGAACUGAAAACGCAGCAACACCGCAGGCUUGUCCGGUCACUGUAGUCGUCCACAUUUUAACACAGCGACAUUUGGACGGUUUGACAAACCUGCCGCGCGGCCGUGACUCAGUUUUUAGGACAUCCUGGACUCUUGUGCUGUGGCUGUUUUGACAAGGACGAGAAGAUUUCAUAAGUCCCAUCUCCAGAGGAAUUCCUGACAAGGGGCCAGAAAAUGAGCACAACACAGACAAAAGCAACGGGUCAACCCAGCUAUCUGGCUGACCUGUGAGCAGCCAUGCUCUCCCUGCAGCACACAUCGAGGGGAACCCCUCUCCACACGCGGGACUGUUUUCUGACAUAGAUUUAGAAGAAUAGCUGAACCUCACAAUAGAAAUGGCAUUAGUUUGCGUGCGCUAUAACACAUCAGAGUACAUAUUAGAAUACAGGUGAGGCUGAACCUCUAGCCAAUAUCCACAGGACGCUUAAGAGGAGGGAGACAGCCUCAGAUGACCUUUACACAAGGACGGAGCCACAGCCCAGCUUUGAUGAUUUAGUAUCCAUCCCGCUGCCUUGCUGACAAGGUCGUAUCAUGGCUGCUGCUGAUCCCCAUAGCAACAGUUCCUUGGUGGGGCGGGGAGCAGACUGAGAGAGUCAACAAUGCAGCGUAACGGUGGUGGGGUGGGUGCCGGUGGCCAGCCAUGGGUGUUGCGGCGUGUGCGUCUCACCUGGCUCAGUUUCAUGCUCUUCUUCAUCCUGGUCUUCUUCCCACUCAUUGCCCACUACUACCUCACUACCAUCGAUGAAGCUGGGGGUCCUGAUAAGCGCAUCUUUGGGCCGCGGCCCGGCGGCGAACUAUGUGAGGCCAAGCAUGUGCAGGAUCUGUGUCGUAUCCGUGAGUCGGUCAGCGAGGAGCUGCUGCAGCUGGAGGCCAAGAGGCAGGAGCUCAACGGGGAAAUUGCCCGACUCAACCUGCGCAUCGAGGCCUGCAAGCGCAGCAUUGACAGCGCCAAGCAGGAUCUGCUGCAGCUCAAGAAUGUUAUCAGCCAGACAGAGCAUUCCUAUAAAGAACUAAUGGCCCAGAAUCAGCCCAAACUAUCACUGCCGGUCAGGCUGCUGCCAGACAAGGAGGACCCAGGACUGCCACCACCCAAGUCUGCGCGCUCCUGCCGCCUACGCUCCUGCUUCGACUAUGCGCGUUGCCCUCUUACGUCUGGGUUUCCUGUUUAUGUGUACGACACAAGCUCCUAUUCAUGGGCGGACUAUAUUGACCCACUGGUGAAGCAGGCUUUUGCAGCGUCAGUUAAGAGCAACAUUUAUAUAACUGAUAACCCCAGCAUUGCCUGUCUGUAUUUGGUGCUGGUAGGGGAGUUACAGGAGUCCUCCUCCCUUCCUCCAUCCCCUGCAGAGCUGGAGAAGCAACUAAAAGCUCUCCCAUACUGGAGAUCUGAUGGACAUAAUCAUGUACUGGUGCAUCUUUCUAGAAAAUCCAUGACACAGAACUUCCUGUAUAAUGUGAGCACAGGACGGGCAGCAGUCGCUCAGUCCACCUUCCUGGAGCAGCAGUACCGUGAGGGCUUUGACUUGGUCGUGUCCCCACUGGUUCAUGCCCUCUCAGAACCAAACUUUUUGGAGGUGCCCCCUCAAGUUCCUGUAAAGAGGAAAUACCUCUUCACCUUCCAGGGGGAGAGGGUGGAGUCACUGAGGAGCAGCUUACAGGAGGCACCCCCUCAGUCUUUCGAGGAGGAAAUGGAAGGAGACCCACCAGCAGACUACGAUGAUCGCAUCAUCGGUACCUUAAAGGCGGUGCAGGACAGCCACUUGGAUCAGGUGCUGGUGGAGUUCACCUGCAAGAACCCACGGCCAAGUCUGCCGACUGAGUGGGCUCUUUGUGGAGAAAGGGAGGACAGGCUGGAGGUGCUCAAGGCUUCAACUUUUGGCUUGGUGAUUGCUCCAGGGGAUGGACAGCUGGUGGCCUCGGCAGGCUGUGGGAUGAGGCUCUUUGAGGCCCUAGAGGUAGGGACCAUCCCAGUCGUGCUGGGGGACCACUCCAGACUACCAUAUCACCAGUUUAUUCGUUGGAGUGAAGCUGCCAUUAUAGUCCCCAAGCCUCGUGUCACAGAACUACAUUUCCUGCUACGCAGCCUAUCAGACAAUGAUAUGCUAGCAAUGAGGCGGCAGGGCCGCUUCCUGUGGGAGACCUACUUUUCCACCUCAGAGAAUGUUCUUAACACCCUUCUGGCCAGCAUCAGAACCAGCAUCCAGGUCCCUGCUGCACCUAUCAAAGAAGAGCCUGCCCACGAGAUUCCCCACAAAGCAGGGAAACUGGCAGGAACUGAUGCCAACCUGGCUGACAAUGGCGAUCUUGAUUUAGGUCCUGUCGAGACAGAGCCCCCCUACGCCUCGCCGCGCUUUCUGCGCAACUUCACUUACACAGCUGCAGACACCUACAGAGCAUGGAACCGGGCCCCGGGGCCUUUCCAUCUCUUCCCUCACACUCCUCUGGACCCUGUGCUGCCCUCUGAAGCUAAAUUCCUUGGUUCAGGUACUGGUUUCAGGCCUAUCGGUGGAGGUACGGGAGGCUCGGGGAAGGAGUUUCAGGCAGCUCUAGGAGGGAACGUGCCCCGAGAACAGUUCACCGUGGUCAUGCUGACUUAUGAGAGGGAGGAGGUGCUGAUGAACUCUCUGGAGAGGCUAAAUGGACUGCCGUACCUCAACAAAGUAGUGGUGGUGUGGAACUCACCCAAGCCUCCUUCGGAUGACCUGCUGUGGCCAGACAUUGGCCUGCCGAUUGUGGUUGUCCGCACAGAAAAGAACAGCCUCAACAACCGCUUCCUUCCCUGGGAUGCCGUGGAAACCGAGGCCAUACUGUCGAUUGAUGAUGACGCUCACCUCCGGCACGAUGAGAUCAUGUUCGGGUUCAGAGUGUGGCGCGAGGCCAGAGAUCGCAUCGUGGGUUUCCCCGGGAGGUAUCACGCGUGGGACGUCAACCAUCAGUCCUGGCUCUACAACUCCAACUACUCCUGUGAGCUCUCCAUGGUCCUGACAGGAGCAGCUUUCUUCCACAAGUACUACGCCUACCUGUACUCCUACGUGAUGCCCCAAGCCAUCAGGGACAUGGUGGACGAGUACAUAAACUGCGAGGACAUCGCCAUGAACUUCCUGGUCUCACACAUCACUCGCAAACCACCCAUCAAGGUAACAUCACGUUGGACUUUCCGCUGUCCCGGCUGCCCUCAGGCCCUUUCACAUGACGACUCGCAUUUCCACGAACGCCACAAGUGCAUCAACUUCUUCGUCAAGGUGUACGGCUACAUGCCGCUGCUGUACACGCAGUUCCGCGUGGACUCUGUGCUGUUUAAGACUCGAUUGCCCCAUGACAAGACCAAGUGUUUCAAGUUUAUCUAGCAUCGGGCUGAGUGGCCCAGCAAAGAGCCAAAAGCGGCAAGGAUUGAAGGACUGGGAGUGUUUAAAGAACAGCAGCUCCCUGUGCGAGCAGUGAUGGAGAUGGAUGGAUGGACUGCCAGAUGAAUGCACAGAAGGAAAGUUUGGAGUAAGGAUUUUGCCCGAGGAGGGAGAGACGAGUUGACCUUAAAAGCUGUUGGCUUGGUGGUCUAAUCCACAGCUCUACUGAAAAUUUGAAGAGUGGAAGCUGAAAGGCACCACUGCCAACAAAUUAAGCCUUUUCAGUGGAUGUCACUCCUCCUUUUUCAUGUUCUUCAAUCAUGCUCAAUCAUCAACCACUACAGAUGUCAUUUGCACCUCUUAAUGGCCUGCUGAGGAAAGAGGACGGUUGUACACAGUGUACAGAAACUCCCCCACGAUAAACUCUACCUGACAAUGGAGCUAUCAGUUACUGAAUCACUGACAGACUGAUGUCAGGCCGCGUUCACCCAGCAGCUUGUUAACAGUUAAAGCUGGGAGAGCAGACGUGGCAACGGCACAUUGCUGCCAAUGCGCUUCUUUUUUUUUUUUUUUUUU